AGGAACAUUUCAAUAGCCUUUUCAGAUAAUCAUGGAUGUUCUUUGAUAAGACACCAAAACUCAGCAAGUGGUAGUUUUUUAAAGUUUAAUUGUAACACGAAAUCUGAAACCAUAGCAAUGACCUUUUUAUACUCUAUUAUAGGAACACUCACAGUUUUUCUUGCCUUUUGAAUGAAUGUUUUACCCAUGCAGGGUUUUGUCAACACAUGCAUUGGUCAUUUGGAAAUUGCUGGGGCACUGAGUUAUGCAGAUCUUCUAAAUGUUGACAUAUUAUACAACAUCAAAAAAUCACAUUUAUUAAUACCAAUACCCGUCUCAUCAGAAAAAGUCUUUUGCUAUUAUCAAGCUCAUAAUAGCAGAUAAAAUUUUUCCAAAAUUCUAACUUUUGCUCAAAAGGUUGAAUUUUCUCAUUGACGACAAACACUGUCAGUUGCUUUUCUGGAAGUGACAGGUGCAUUUUAUUCAUUUUGGAGAAAAUGUCUGCCAGAUACCCAGGUCUGAAUGAUUAUACUUUGUCUUUCAGCUGUACUUUCAGGUAAGAAUGGUGCUCUGUGAGUCAAGUGGUUACUUCAGCUCACAACUCAAUCACUUAAGGUUUUUUCCUCGAGAAAGUCAUCAUACUUUGAUAUGCAGCAUAACUGCUUAUGCAUCCUUCCCAUUUUGUCACACAGAAUAUUGAAAAGAUGUGUCUCUAAGAGUUGAGAUUUAAUAAAACUUGUAACUUCUACUACAGCUUGGUGUCAUUUGCUGAUUUGUGCUAGCAGUUUUACCCAUUGUUGCUUUUGCAGGGUCCUUGAAAAUGUCAAUACCAUGAAAAAGGCAAACAAUGUCUUUAUUAUGAUGAACCUAGUUUUAGCCUGGCUGAUAGGGCCUCAGGGACUUCCAAGGUUCAUGGACCACACAUUAAGAGCUGCUGCUCUAGAGGAACUCUUGCACUUGUGAACAGGAAAUAUCUAUCAAGAAUGUUCAGGGCAGUACUGUUUAUGAAAGCAAAUGCCUGGAAACAACCCACAUUUCUAUCAGUAAGGGAGGAGAGAAACUGUUGGUAGAUUUACAUAGUGGUCUACUAUCCUAUAUAGCAGUGACUGAGUAUCCUAGCGCUCUGUGAAACAAACUAGAUUAAUUUCAAUGUCUUAAUUUAUACUCCCCCAAAACAGAGUAUGAGAUGUGAGACAAGUCUUUCGGUGCAGGAGUGUGUUUAGGAGGUAAUCCCAGGAAGCAGAAAUGGGAGUAAGCAAAGAAGGAAAAAAGUCAAUAAAAGGUGCAGUAUGGAGCACCUGUCACUACGGAGUAGCGUGCUCAGUCACAUUGGGAACAUUUGGAGGAAUCAUGUAGAGUACAGCGCAGAGCUGAAGGUGUAAGGCUGGAGCAUUUUCCCUUGACUCCCCUCACUGCUGUUUCUGUCUCCAAGACUUUGGCUUUGGUGAAAUCCUGGGCUGCACAGCCUUCCAAGGCUUUGUAGAGAGUCCUGAGACAGGUAAGCCGAAGGAUGCUGUGUCCUGUGAGGGGGCAUGCUGGCAGCUUGCCUACAAGGCUCAGCUACACCAAAAUUGAGUGGGCUGAGGGGACAUGGUGUGGGUCACCACAGAUGUCUGCUAGACUCAGAAAUUAAUGUUGGAUAAAAAAAAGGGAAUCAUUGGAAAUUAUGUACAAUGGGCUCCAUCUUUAAAAAGACAUAAAAAUGUAUAAUGUAUUAUUAAGGAUAUAAUUAUGGAGAUUAUGAAUAUACGCUUAAGGAUAUUAUGAAAGCAAGACAGGAGGGAAGCGUUUAUCACAUGUUGAACAGUCAGCAAGCUUGCUUGUCAGAAGGCACAUGUCAGGGUGUAGCUGGAGAUAAAGAUAGUGAGUUAAAGAAGGUGGCUAAUUGGUGGAUGUCUUUGAAACCAAUCUUCCAAUUUACUCUGAUUUGAAAAGUAAAGGGAGGGAAGAAGGUUUUUAGAAAGAAUGUGAUAGGAUCAAAACGCAUCAAAGAGAAUUACUAUUGGCAGCAUUGGAGGAAAAGGCAGCGGAGGGGCAAAGGUCUCUUCUACCUGGUCAGUCGUAUUCAGUGGUUCCCUCGAUUUUUGGGAGCCUCCUCUUUGCUCUGUUCUUUUAUCAAAGGCCGACAGACAGGGUGUGGCUUGCUGGUUUAGAGGGACAGUUAGAAAGGAGUACUGUGAGGCAGAGACAGCCCUGGCCUCUCAUUUUAUAAAAUUUGAACUUUCCCCUGGCCCACAUCCCUCGACCUUCCUGAUGCUUCUGCCUGCUGCCCCCUGAUCUCUCUUCAUGGGUAAGGAGUAUUUCCAGCUUGCAAACUCCAGCUUUGCCUGUGAGAGGAACAAGGGUCCAUGAUCCAGAAGGUGAGACUUAACACGCCAGCCUCCUUGUGAACAUUUACCGCUUUCAACCCUCACCAUAAUCCCUCAAGGAGGCACAGUUCACAAAAUACCCGUUUUGAAGGUGCAGAAACAGUCUCAGAGAAGUUUGGUCGUAAUAUCCCGAGGAGGUAAGUAGCAGAGCUGGGACUGGAGCCCAGGCCUUUGUGAUCCCAGAGCACCAGCAAAGCCGUGUCAGCCCGGCUCCUGGGUCAUACCCUCUGUCACGCCAAGCCCAUCAGCCCGCUCGUGCUGUCUCCCUGUCUGUCCUAGUUCGGAUGGAGAUGGCGAGUUCCGCUGCCUCCUGGCUCUCUGGCUGCCUCAUCCCUCUCGUCUUCCUCCGGCUGCCUGCACACGUGUCAGGCCUCGCAGGGGAUGCCGGCAAGUUCCACGUGGCCCCGCUAGGGGGCACAGCCGAGCUGCUCUGUCCUCUCUCCCUCUGGCCCGGGAUGGUGCCCCAGGAGGUGAGGUGGCUGCGGUCCCCGUACCCGCAGCGCUCCCAGGCUGUUCACGUGUUCCAGGAUGGGAAGGACCGGGAUGAAGAUGUGAUGCCGGAAUAUAUGGGGAGGACGGCGCUGGUCAGAGACGCCCAAGAGGGAAGCGUCACUCUGCAGAUCCUCGACGUGCGCCUGGAGGACGGAGGGUCUUACCGAUGUCUGAUCCAGGUUGGAAAUCUGAGUAAAGAGGACACCGUGAUUCUGCAGGUUGCAGCCCCAUCUGUGGGGAAUGUCUCCCCCUCAGCAGUGGCUCUGGCUGUGAUCCUGCCUGUCCUGGUACUUCUCAUCAUGGUGUGCCUUUGCCUUAUCUGGAAGCAAAGAAGAGCAAAAGAGAAGCUUCUCUAUGAGCAUGUGACGGAGGUGGACAAUCUUCUUUCAGACCAUGCUAAAGAAAAAGGAAAACUCCAUAAAGCUCUCAAGAAACUCCGGAGUGAACUGAAGCUGAAAAGAGCUGCAGCAAACUCAGGCUGGAGAAGAGCCCGGCUGCAUUUUGUGGCAGUGACCCUGGACCCAGACACAGCACAUCCCAAACUCAUCCUUUCUGAGGACCAAAGAUGUGUGAGGCUUGGAGACAGAAGGCAGUCUGUACCUGACAACCCCCAGAGGUUUGAUUUCGUCGUCAGCAUCCUGGGCUCUGAGUACUUCACGUCUGGCUGCCACUACUGGGAGGUGUAUGUGGGAGACAAGACCAAAUGGAUUCUGGGGGUGUGUAGUGAGUCAGUGAGCAGGAAGGGGAAGGUUACUGCCUCACCUGCCAACGGACACUGGCUUCUGCGACAGAGUCGUGAGAAUGAGUAUGAAGCUCUCACAUCCCCGCAGACCUCCUUCCGCCUUAAAGAGCCUCCACGGUGUGUGGGGAUUUUUUUGGACUAUGAUGCAGGAGUCAUCUCUUUCUACAAUGUGACCGACAAGUCUCACAUCUUUACUUUCACCCACAGUUUCUCUGGCCCCCUUCGCCCUUUCUUUGAACCUUGCCUUCAUGAUGGAGGAAAAAACACAGCACCUCUAGUCAUUUGUUCAGAACUACACAAAUCAGAGGAACGAACUGUCCUCAAGCCAGAAGGGAAAGGCUAUGCUAAUGGAGAUAUGUCCCUGAAGGUGAACUCUUCCUUACUACCUCGUAAGGCUCCAGAGCUGAAGGAUAUUAUCCUGUCCUUGCCCUCUGACCUCGGCCCAGCCCUUCAGGGGCUCAAGGUUCCUUCUUUUUAGGGGUAUGUCAUAUUACCUACUCCCAUCACCAUCCAGCCCAGCACCCUGGACUUCAGGCUCCUGGCCCAACCCCAUGAUUCUGGAAUGUCUCUUCUUCCUAACCAAAUCCAGAUCCUUUUGUGGUUUCUAUUUGUACCACUUUUCUCCCAGGACUCAGUUCUGAAGCUUGCCUUUCUUCUAAGGAACUGAAGUUCCCAGUGACGUGGAGGGAGGAUUCCUGGAAAUGAAACAAUCAGUUUAGGUGUAGGUGGAGAUGCUGAAUAUGUGUUACCAAGAUACAGCACAGGUUCAGGGGAAAGAGUCUUCUACUCCAGGGGUUGUUUAGAAGACAUUUUCUCUGUCUCAUCCUGUCAUCAAGUGUUAGUCAAGAAGUUAUGGCUCCCAGUGCCUGACUGCUUCCUUACCCCAUCAAGGGCUGCUUUUCUCUCCUUCUCUCUCUCAGUUCUGGCCUCUGGCCCCCAAAGUCAGCUUUCUAUAAGUAAGCAUGUUUUAGUCCACUCACUCUUUCCCUAUUUCUUCAGGAAUGAGUUGGGGGAAGCUGAGGAGUAAAAUAUACCAUCCUUUUCUAUUUUCUUGUUGCUGUUUACAACGUAGUUUGGUGAUACCCAGAGCUAAUGUACAUGCUUUCAAAAACUAAUCUGCCUGUUGAUGAUAACUAGGUACAGGGACUUUAAACACAGUUGCUAUAACCCUGAAGAGCCUCAGGAGCACAUCAGGGAGCUGGGAAGCACAGCUGCAGAGAGCUCAGCCAUGUAUUGCCCUCUGACCUUGGCCCAGCCCUUCAGAGGCUCAGUUUGUUGUGACUGUCUUAUGAGUCAAUCUGUUGUACCAGCCCUUUCUAAGAUUCAGAGAGGCCCAGCUAGAAAAAGUGGCAGUUUUAACCACCAACUUAGAAACUCUUUUUCCCCACAAGACAAUUGUACUGGAAUACUUGACUAUUUGUGUAUCAAACAGCCUCUUAGGUUGGAGAGUAUUGAUUUCAAAUAAGAAGUUGGUAGACUAGGUGUGAGGAUGAAAUAAUGACCUUGAUUUUUGGGUGUGUAUUGCGGAAGCCUAGUCACUUUCAAGUCACACCAUAUACGUGAUCUGGCCUAAUCGUGGAGAUAUUGGUUAUCAAUUUGCAGAUGAAUACACAGUUCUGUGCAACAGAAACUGUAUCUUUCUGUUUGUCAGAAGUUCUCUGUUCCUUCUUGUAUUAGUCAAGGUUUUCCAGAUAAACAGAAAGGGUGGGGAGGACAGUGGUUAUUAUAAGAAAUUGACUCAUAUGAUUAUGGAGGCUGUUAAACCCCAAGAUCUGCAGAGUAAGUCAGCAAGCUGGAGUGCCGUGAGAGCUGAUGGCUUAGUUCCAGUCUGCUGGCAGCAGGCUUGACAUCAAGGAAGAGCUCAUGUUUCAAUUCAAGUCCGAAGGCAGGGAAAAAGCUGAUGACCCUGUCCAAAGGCUAUCAGGAGGGAAGAAUUCUCUUAGAGCAGAGUUAGCUCUUUUGUUCUAUUCAGGCCCACAUUUGGGAGAACAGUCUGCGUUACUCAGUCUAAUGAUUUGAAUGUUAAUGUCAUUGAGAAACACCCUCACAGGAACACCCAGAAUAAUGUUUGACCAAAUAGCUGGGCAUCUUGUGUCCCAGUCACACUGAUACAUAAGAUUAACUGUCACAGUGACUAGUGGAAUUUUUUGUUUGCUUUUGUACAGUUUUAAAAUAAAAGUUUGGUAUUUGUUGUUUG